GCCGUCGCCGCCAUGCCGCGCAAGUACACCAACUAUUCGAAGACUUCGAAGACUCCAAGGCGUCCCUUCGAGAAGGAGCGUCUUGACAGUGAGAUGAAAAUCGUUGGUGAGUUCGGCCUCAAGAACAAGCGUGAGGUUUGGCGCGUUCAGCUCCUCCUCGCCAAGAUGCGUGCCAACGCUCGUGAGCUGCUCACUCUUGACGAGAAGAACCCCAAGCGUAUCUUCGAAGGACAGGCUCUCCUCAGAAGAUGCGUUCGCCUCGGUCUCUUGGAGGAGGACAAGAAAGAGUUGGAUUACGUUCUCGCCAUCAAAGUGUCGGACAUCAUGUCCCGUCGCCUCCAGACUCUUGUCUUCAAGCAGAACCUUGCCAAGUCCCUUCACCAUGCUCGUGUACUCAUCCGCCAGAGACACAUCCGUGUCGGCCGCCAGAUGGUCAACAUCCCAUCCUUCCUCGUUCGUGUCGAGCAGGAGAAGCAUAUUGAGUUUGCCCUCACCUCUCCCCAUGGAGGAGGACGCCCUGGCCGUGUAAAGAGGAAGAACGCAGGAGGUGGCGGUGAUGCUGCCGAGGACGAGGAGUAGAUUUUAGAGUAGUUUUUCAUUAUUGAGUUGCAUGGAAAGUGCGAAAAUACGAC